AUGUGUGACAUGGGGGGGCUUGACAACCUGAUUGCCAACACAGCCUAUCUGCAGGCAAGGAAGAGUGGAGAUGGAGACACCAAGGAGAUGCAAAAGAGGCGUAAGAGCCUCUCGCUGCCCAAGCUUGAACAGUGCGGAGAGGUCAGGCAGUCCAUCGUUGCUGAUUAUGAGAGCAUCUGCGAGCAGCAGCCCGUUGGCAAGAAAUUCUUUAGAGACUUCUUAGAGACAGUGCCAGAGUAUUUGGUAGCUAGGGACUUCCUGGAUGAGGUCUCAAACUGGGAGUUGGCAGAGGACAAUGUCAAGGGCAGUACCAUGGAGAAUAUGGUAACUAAUUUUCUUAAGGAAGGCUCCAAAAACUAUCUGGCUUUCAUGAGCUCUGACUUGGCUAGCAAAUGUCAGGCAGCUGCUACAAAAGACUAUGAGAAUGUUAUGCAGCUGGCCAAGGAGGAAACAAAGGUCUUCCUUAAAGACAAGCCCUUCCAGGACUUCCAGACCAGCCCCUUCUAUGACAAAUUCAUCCAAUGGAAGGUUUUUGAGAAGCAGCCGGUAACUGAGAAAUACUUCUAUGAGUUCCGAGUGCUUGGCAAAGGUGGCUUUGGAGAGGUUUGUGCCACCCAAGUGAAAAACACUGGCAAGAUGUAUGCCUGCAAGAAACUGGAUAAGAAAAGGUUGAAAAAGAAAGGUGGAGAGAAGAUGGCAUUACUGGAGAAAGAGAUCCUGGAGAAGGUCAACAGCCCUUUCAUAGUCACACUAGCUUAUGCUUAUGAGAGCAAAACCCAUCUGUGUCUUGUCAUGAGCCUCAUGAAUGGAGGGGAUCUGAAGUAUCACAUCUACAAUGUGGGAGAAAGGGGUUUGGAGAUGAGCAGGGUCAUCUAUUACUCAGCUCAGAUCACCUGUGGGAUUCUGCAUCUCCAUUCCAUCAAGAUCGUGUACCGGGACAUGAAACCAGAAAACGUCCUCCUGGAUGAUAAUGGUAACUGCAGACUAUCUGAUCUGGGAUUGGCAGUACAAAUCAAAGAUGGAAAAGGCAUCACUCAGAGGGCUGGGACAAACGGUUACAUGGCUCCGGAAAUCCUGAAGGAAGACGAAGAGUACACCUAUCCUGUGGACUGGUUUGCUAUGGGGUGCAGUAUCUAUGAGAUGAUUGCUGGGCGAACACCAUUCAAGGAUUACAAAGAAAAGGUCCCUAAGGAGGAGGUUAGAAGAAGAACUCUGGAAGAUGAGGUGAAAUUUGAACAUGCCAACUUUACAGAGGAAGCGAAAGAUAUUUGCCGACUGUUUUUGGCUAAGAAAGCAGAGAAUCGUUUAGGAAGCAGAAAUGAAGAUGAUGACCCAAGAAAACAUAGCUUCUUCAAAACAAUAAAUUUCCACAGGCUAGAGGCAAACCUCAUUGACCCUCCAUUUGUGCCAGACCCAUCAGUUGUCUAUGCCAAAGAUGUUGCAGACAUUGCUGACUUCUCUGAAAUACGAGGAAUCGAGUUUGACGACAAAGAUAAGAAGUUCUUCAAAAAGUUUGCGACAGGUGCUGUCCCUAUAGCCUGGCAGGAAGAAAUUAUUGAAACAGGACUGUUUGAUGAAUUGAAUGAUCCUAACAGAGUAGAUUCUGGGGGCUACGCAAAUGGAGGGGAAUCUAAGUCAGGAGUUUGUUUGUUGUUGUAA